AAAAUUUCGAAACACCCAAAAAUAUUUUGACCCGCUAAUUUUCUCUCUGGAAAAAAUGUCGAUCGCUGAUCAGUGUUAUCUCUUUCUCAAUCGGAUUCAAGACAGAAGGUUCGAUGAAGAGUCUCUUCGGAUUCUGGAGCUGUCUCUUGUUGCAAUGAAUGUGAAAUCGUCAUGCGAUCUUAGAUCCCGAUUGAUAGAUUUCAUGAGAUCUGAAUCGGCUGCCGUAUUCGGUGAGCUCACCGGAGAAUCCAUCGUUGCAAAGCUCUCCGUACUUGAAUUCUUCGCUCGCGCUUUCGCUCUUAUCGGUGAUAUUGAGAGCUGUUUGGCUAUGAAGUAUGAGGCGUUGAAUUUGCGGGAGAUUAAGUCACCUAGCUGUUUGUGGUUAAGGGUUUCAUAUUCAGAAUGGUCCAAUUUUGCAGUCCAAUCUAUGGAAAAUGGAUUCCUAUCUAUUGCAGGAAAGGCGUCUGAAAAUGCGCUAUUAAGCCUUAAAAGGGAUAGUCUUAUUGAACCAAAAGCGGAAGAGUGUUUGACAAAUUUGGAUGCAGCUGAAAAAGUAAGGAGACUAAGGGAUUCAGCUGCCUUGUUAACAUCUUCACAUUCAGUUCAGGCACAGGGUGCAGAGUAUUUGAGGAGCAAGGAACUCAGGAUAUUAAGCAGACAGACUCGACCCAUUAAAAAUUCAGACUGCACAGGUAGCAAUUUGUUCAGAGAAGGAAUCAAUAAGCGUAACGAACGAAUGUUGCAACACCUCCGUAGUACUCGAGAUCUUGAAUCAGAUUCGCGCUGUGUUUGAUGCAAUUGGUUGCUACAAAGUUCAACACCUCCGUAGUACUCAUUCUUCAGGACCAUUCAUCAUUUCAAAUACAGGUCAGUUUUUUAUUAAACAUACUACUUAGAUAUUACUGAAGAUCACACUUUAUUCAGAGAAGAACAGAGGAGGCUUAACCGGGUCUCUCUACCCUUUUGUAUAUAUCGCCGUCUAACAUCUUUUUUUUUUUUCAUGGAAUCAUCACUAUGUAUGAGCAAAUCUAUAAAACAGGCGAGCUAAUUCUUUUUAAGUCUCUAUCUAUAAUAUAGUUAAACUUUAAAAACUACAAUUUCAUCCGAUAUAAUCCUCACAAAUUUCUUUGCACCACAUUUGAGUUGAAAUUUUUUUAAAACAUUUUUCUUCUUUUUAACCAAUUUAAGCUCUGAAUGGAGAA